GUCACAACAAUUUCCAUUGUCGCCACUCGCCAUUUAUGCUGUGACUGUACCCUCAUAAUUUAUAUUUGAAAAAAAUUCAUUGAUAAUGAAAAUUUAUACAUAAAUAAAUAAAAUAAAAUUACUUAUUUAUGCCGUUUAAUGAGUCAAUAAAUUCAUAAAGAAGAAAUGACGUUAAUUCAAUUUGCAAUUUUAACUGUCAGUGAUAGUUGUAGUGUAGACCAAUCUAAAGAUAUAAGCGGACCAACUUUAGUUCGACUAGUAACUAAUGCAGAAUCGAAAACUGGGCAAAUAUUGAAAGGUCAUGUUUCCUAUAAAGCAAUUGUUCCUGAUGAUAAGCAGAAGAUAGAAAAUAUAUUAAAAACAUGGACCUCAUUACCGAACGUAAAUGUAAUUUUAACGAGUGGUGGUACAGGGUUCUCUGAUCGCGAUGUAACCCCAGAAGCAACAAAAAAUGUAAUAGAAAAGGAAACUCCAGGAAUUUCAUUCGCAAUGUUAAAUGCUAGUUUAAAAGUUACACAGAUGGCUAUGCUUACAAGGCUUACUAGCGGAAUUCGGAACAAAACACUUAUUAUUAAUCUACCAGGAUCACCGAAAGCUGUCACAGAAUGUUUGGAAGCAAUUGCGAUUGCAAUACCUCAUGCAGUGGAUUUAAUUUUAAAUAAUAAUUCAGAAAUCACUCAUGUGCAUAAAAUGAUUCAAACUACACAGCAACAUACUUGUGUUCAUAAGACGGAAAUUCUUUAUUCACAAAUAGAAGAAAGAAGGAUAAGACAAUCUCCGUAUCCGAUGAUAUCUGUUGAAUCUGCAUUUAAAUUAAUUGAAGAAAACGUAACCAUGGGUGAAAUUGAAAUUAUCAGUGCAUGGAAUGCAUUUGGUAGAAUAUUACGCGAAAAUGUAUUUUCAGUCGUCAACUUACCACCUUUCAGAGCUUCAGUCAAAGACGGUUAUGCAGUUUUAGAUACUGAUGGCAAAGGACUUCGUAAAGUUAUAGGAAGUUCAGACGCUGGUGACGCUCCAAACCUUUUACAUUUGAAUUCUGGAACUUGUGUAUGGGUAAAUACUGGAGCACCUGUACCAAAUAAUGCGACAGCUGUAGUACAAGUAGAGGAUACGAUAGUAAAAGAAUAUAAUUCUAAUGGAAAAGAAAUUGAAAUUGAAAUUCUUAUUCAGCCUACAGCAGGACAAGAUAUUAGAUCUGUCGGUAGUGAUUUACAAGAAGGAGCAUUAGUUUUAAAUGCAAACACAAAAAUUUGUGAAGUUGAAAUUGGACUUUUAAUUUCUUGUGGCUGCUUGCAUGUAAAGGUGUCAAAACUUCCAAUGAUAGGUGUAUUAUCCACUGGAAAUGAAUUGCAAUCUAUGGGAGAAUCGUUAAAAUCAGGUCAUAUAUAUGACAGUAACAAAAUUACUUUGAUGUCUAUGUUAAAGAACUUUACUUGUGUUCCAAUUGAUUUCGGGAUUGUUGUGGAUAAUAAAACAGAAAUAAUACAUGCUCUUCAAAGAGCAUUAAAUGAAGUUGAUAUUUUGGUGACUAGUGGCUCCGUGUCAAUGGGCGAUAAAGACUUUUUAAAACCAGUUCUUGAACAAAAUUUUCACGCAGUUGUGCAUUUUGGACGUCUCAAUAUGAAACCUGGGAAGCCGAUGACUUUUGCAACUUGUAAUUUUCAUAACAAGAAAAAAUUUAUUGUAUGUUUACCUGGAAAUCCUGUCUCAGCAGUGGUUACUGCUUAUCUAUUUUUACAACCGAUAAUUAAUCGAUUAAAUGGAAAUAAUUCUAAGCCUAUAAUCAUUUCGUCAAAAAUAACUUUCUCACAUCAGUUAGAUGUUAGGCCAGAAUAUUUGAGAGUUAUUUUACAGUGGAAUGAUUCUGAUCCUUAUCCUCAAGCUUACAAUACUGGAAAUCAAACUAGUAGUAGGUUGUUGAAUUGCAAAAGUGCAAAUGCAUUGUUAUUGCUUCCCGGCAAAACUGAAGAAAUAAUGCUGAUUAAAAAAGGAGAUUUAGUAAAAGCCAUGUUAUUAAACAUCAAUCAAUGUAUUCUUGAAUAAUAAAUAUGCUAUUACAUUGUA